AUGUCCCCCAAAGGGCACUACAUUCAGCAAACGAUAAUCUGUGGGGCAUCCCUGGCCCACACAAUGUCCGGCUUGUCGACCAUGGCCAGGGCAUUUUUCGCCCUUGCGCCAAUGUGGUGGAAUACUGUCGGGCUGGAUCUGAUACAGUUCGUCAGGACCUCCUUCCUUUCUUUGCAUCUCCUGCAGUCGUCCGUCUGCGCCAAAAUCGUGGAGCUGCUUGGGCAGAACAAAGUGGACCAUCGCCAGAAACAGGUCGUGAUUCUGAGCCAGGACAGCUUCUACCGGGUCCUCACCACAGAGCAGAAAGCCAAAGCCCUCAAGGGCCAGUUCAACUUCGAUCAUCCAGAUGCCUUUGACAACGAGUUGAUCGUCCAGACACUCAGCCAGAUCAUGGAGGGGAAAACGGUCCAGAUACCUGUCUAUGACUUUGUCUCCCACUCCCGGAAGGAAGAGACUGUGACGGUCUACCCUGCAGACGUGGUGCUUUUUGAAGGCAUCUUGGCCUUCUACAACCAGGAGCUUCGGGACCUGUUCCAGAUGAAGCUGUUUGUGGACACAGAUGCAGACACCCGACUCUCUCGCAGGGUUCUCCGCGACAUCAACGAGCGAGGCAGGCCCCUUGAGCAGAUCUUAACUCAGUAUAUUUCCUUUGUCAAGCCGGCCUUUGAAGAAUUCUGCUUGCCUACCAAGAAGUAUGCCGAUGUCAUUAUCCCCCGGGGGGUGGACAAUCUUGUGGCCAUUAACCUGAUCGUACAGCACAUCCAAGACAUUCUGAACGGAGGUCUGGGCAAACGCCAACUCAAUGGGCAUGUGAACGGUUACACCCCUCCCCGCCAGCGACAGCUUUCAGAGUCCAGCAGCCGGCCGCACUGAUGUCAGGCCCGCCAGGAGGCGGCGUGAAACUCUCCUCCUUGGGAACUGUAUCUUUUUGGCUCCAGCCGUGCACUGAAGACCCCCCAUGCAGGGCUCUAUGACUUCAGUCAGCGGGGUCUGUACUGAGGGCCAGAGCUUUCGACGGCUCUGCCGCAAGCACCCUGAAGAAGGAUUCAGUCCCUUUGGAAGGAACACAGAUGAUUUCUAGGUUUUUUGCAUUAAUGGCACAGCAACGCCACACUCCAGGGCGAAGCCGUGCUGUUGUCAAGGGUUCUUGGGGGACAGAGGCAAAGGACAAGGGAGGGAGACAACUGAACGGAGGCCGGGAGUCUAAAAAACUGGAUCAUUCGCUUCAAAUGAACAUAGCAGGUGGGGUGGGAUGGGGUUGGGGUGGGUAGCAGAGCAGCCUUUUGCUUCCAAUUGUCAGAAAUGUGGGUCCACGUUUGGUUUUGACAGUUCUGGAGAAGGGUGGUUUGGUGGGGAAGCGGGGUGGGGAGAGCAUCGGGAUCAACCCAUUGAAAUCUCAGCUUUGGGGCUAGAAAGAGCCCUGCUUUCUCUCCCUCCCCUACUCCUCCCCGCAACAUUCUUGCUUGAAUCCAUGCAGCGGCUUUCCCUAAUGUUCUUGCCAACAGUGUUGCAGAGUCGCUUCUGGCUCUUAAGCUUCCAACCAGAAUUGCUGUGUGCACACGUUGCACACCCUGGGCCUCCCGAACGGCCCCUGAGCAACCGACAGGGGCCAGUAUUCAGGGGAUGCUGUCGGAUUGCGGAUGCUGCGUGGCCAUUCUGGUGGGGCAGGGCACAGAUAUGUGCCGUUUCUAACUUGGCAGAGUAAUUGGGAUUUGUGUCAUCUGGGGUUAUAAGAGGGAAAGGGGGACCAAGAGAGGAGGAAGAAGGUCUUCUUCCCAGCCUUCCUGGUCUUGCUGUUUGUUGAACUCACACAGCUGCCCGAUGCUGCUCGCCUCUUGUUCUUUGGCCGGUGUUUCUGUUUAAAGCCGAGCCUUGAAAUUAGCCCCUCUGAACCUUGCCCAGAUCUUGGUCUAGCUUGUUCUGAUUUCUGUGAUCAGAGCUGACAGGACGGCGAAACAUCCGUCGCUCCGUGAUUUGCUCUUCAGUUUUGUGCUGCGCCUGGUUUAGCUUAAACUAUUACAGUGGGAUGAAAUAGAAAGCAGUCCCUGUUCGCAACGUUUCUAAACUUGCUUGCUUCGUCCCCAUGAUCAGAUGCUUUCUCACCGGCAGCUGACUCUAAAUACGCGCUGUGGCAACUCUCACUUCCCAGUUGGAGCCAGUCACAGGAACUGGGGACAGCUAAUUUGGGGAUUGAUUGAGGGCUGGUGGCUUAAAGGGAGCCAAAAGGGGUGGGGCUUAAAGGGAGCCAAAACCCUUGAAAUCGUGACAUGCUCUGUUUGUCUAGAAGGCAGAUCGCAGGCACAGGUGGUGCAGAUUUAGAUUGGGGCUGGAGGGAGGAAGGGAGAGAGAGUUGAAGCCCCCCGCCCCGAUACUUAGCCUGAAUUGGGUCCAUAUGUGCCUAUAAUUUGCCUAUGAAAGACAAGGGGAGGUCCAAGCAAAGGUAAACCAUGAAACCUGUUCUACCACGACAGGCCUGGAUGGAACCCCACAUGGGGACGAGGGAGGGCUUGGUCACUCCCUGGGCUUUGCGUUCUUUACGUGUUGAUUGUUUUUGCGAUGCGAUGUAUUUCCCUGCGCCGUCAAUAAAGAUGGAAUGAAUGAUC